AUGCCAGAUUUUCCACCUCCAAUUCAAGAUCUCAUCUCGAAAAUGCUUACAGUUGAUCCAAACCUCAGAAUUACAAUCGAUCAAAUUAAAGUUCACCCAUCAUUCAGGAUGUUUUGCCUAGAAAAAUACGUAUUUCCAACACCUCUUCGUCUUCCAUUUAUUACGAGCCCGGUUGAUCCAAAAGACGUUCCAUGGGCAACAUAUACUGUCCUGAAGUCAAUUGGAUACCAAUCUGAUGAGGAGAUCAACGAAGAACUUCGUGCAGAGACCCACACUAUGGCCAAGGUUUUCGCUCAUAUGCUUACAAGAAAUAUCUCAAUUGAUACUCUCAAAUGGCCCACUGAUUCUUCUGCUGAUGAUGCAAUUCCUAACGAUGCAUUCAUCAUCUCACCAAAUGUUCUCCCAAUGGGCUCUGCAAAUUCAGCAGAUUCAUUCGGACGUCGCAGAGCGAUUCCUGACGUUUCUUCUCCGGAAACAUUCUCACUUGUUGAGAGAAGAUACACUGCUGAAUUUAAUGACACUCCAGAACUCGAAAUGGAACCUCAAUCAUUUGAAAAAAUCCCAAUUCCUAUCGAAGAACUUAUGCUUACACUCCAAACAUGUCUUUCAAACGCUCAAUAUGAAUGGCUUCACCCAGAUGAUAUGCAUAUCUACGCUAGAAACACCGUUGACAAUUCUUACGUUGUCUUCACAGCGAUUUUCAUUGAUGAGGAUAUGCUGAGACUCACAAUGCUUCCUGUAAGAAUUGAAUCCGACCAGUUUAACGCUCUUAUUGAAACUGUUUCGAUUUCAAUUCAAGAAGCGAUUGAUAAUUAUUCAACAAAUGAUGCACUUAAUGAAGCAUAUGUUGAUGCUUAA